AUGGGUUGUUCUGCCAGUGCCGUGCUGCUGCUGCGCUCAGUGGGAGGGCCAGACUGUGGACACAUGUGCGUGCGACACGACCAGAUGUCAUUGGACGCUGCCACACCUACUCUAGAAGCGUACAGCGCGACUACCACCUCUCCGCUGACAGUCAUCGUCAUGCAGGAGAAGCCGAAGCUUAUUGACCCUCUGGACUAUGAGGCGGUGGUCUCAGAGCUGGGGGAUGAGCUGAACGAGGAUCCUCUGAAAGACCUGCUGCUGUUCCCUGACAAUGACUUCAAGGUGUCCACUGUGCCUCAGGAGAGGAGAACUCUCCAGUCCACGGUCCCAGAGGGAGCAGAGGGACAGGCUGAGUGUCUGCUGGUCAGACAGGCCUGUAAGUUUUACAACUCCGACCUGCAUGUAGUCCAGUUCAUGCAUGAAGACUACGCUGGAGACUACCGCCUCCUGCCCAGAAAAUUAUUCAAAGCAGAGAAGCUACCAUCCCAUUGUUUUGAGAUCGACUAUGAGGAUGUGGACAAGGAUGAGGACACCACCUCUCUAUCCUCAUCCAAAGGAGGAGGGGCCGGGUCGGGCAUAGGAUGCAAUGGAGUGUUUCGGUCAGGCUGGCUCUACAAGGGAAACUUUAAUAGUACUGUCAACAACAGCAUCACUGUUCGAUCGUUCAAAAGGAGGUACUUUCAGUUGACUCAGUUGACAGACAAUUCUUACAUCAUGAACUUCUACAAAGAUGAAAAGAUCUCCAAAGAGCCCAAAGGGUGCAUCUUCCUGGACUCGUGCACUGGUGUAGUACAGAACAACCGUUUGAGGAAGCAUGCCUUCGAGCUGAAGAUGAAUGACGUGACGUACUUCGUGCUGGCCGCGGAGAGUGAGCAGGACAUGGAGGAGUGGAUCAGUACUUUGUCUCGUAUUUUACAAAUCAGUCCACAUGACGCGCCUGUCCCGGACCGCAAGAGUUUGGACCUUACUGAACACCGCCAGGAUGUGUUCGAUCUGUCGUUGGGUGACGGCUGUUUGCAGGAGAAUGAAGAAACGACAGAGAAUGGAGUCAAUCCUGAGUUGGCAAAGUAUAUUGCUGAGACCGAUGAGGGAAUUCGUUGUGCCAGGAGGGAGGAGAGACUAAAUCUUUUUUCCCUUGAUCCUGACACUCCUGUGCUAAGGAGCCCACGGUCAGAACAUUCAUCCUCUGAGCCAACUGUGCGGCCCUUUGAGGAGAAGUUAGGUCGGCGGUUUAUGGUCAGCUGUCGAAGCCUUAACCUCAUGCUGCAGGGCUCCAUCAAUGAAGUGGAUACUGAGCCAGUAACAAAUGUUGAACCUUUCUUUGUGUCGUUGGCCCUCAUGGAUACAAGAGAGGGCAAAAAAAUCUCUGCAGAUUUCCACGUGGACUUGAACCAUGAUGCUGUGCGUCAGAUUCUCAGGGGUGGCUGUAAUGGGACAAACGAUCUGGCAGGGGGGCAUGUGGCUCAGGAGAACGGCCUCUGUCCUUCAGAAAAGAAAUCAGGGGACUGCUUCCUCAGUGGAGAAUUGGAGCACUGGCUCUGCUUUCCCAAAAAGGCAAUCUUUUCAGUGACCAACCCCCACACUGACAUAGUGAUGGUGGCUCGAGUGGAAAAAGUGUUAAUGGGAAACAUUGCAUCUGGGACAGAACCAUACAUCAAGAACACAGACUCCUGCAAGACCGUGCAGAAGAUUAUUAAAUCCAACAAGCACUUCUGCAGUAAACUGGGGAAGUACCGCAUGCCCUUUGCAUGGGCUGUGAGGUCAGUGUUUAAGGACAACCACGGAGCAUUGGAUCGAGAUUCUCGCUUCUCACCUCUUUUCAGACAGGAGAGCAACAAGAUAUCCACUGAUGACCUGCUGAAGUUAAUCAAUGAAUUCAGAAGGGCUGAAAAAACAAGCAAAUUACAAACUAUUCCGGGCGCUCUGGACAUUACAGUGGACUAUGUGCCAUUGGAGCAUCCAAACUGCUUGACCUCCUCCUAUGUGCCAGUAAAGCCAUUUGAAGAACUGAGCAAACACCAGCCUACAGUGGAGGUUGAGGAGUUUGUCCAAGACACAACUAGAUUUACUCAGCCUCACCGUGUUUACAAAAAUCACAUCUACAUCUACCCUAAGCACCUAAAGUAUGACAGCCAGAAGAGUUUUGCCAAGGCUCGUAAUCUCACUGUGUAUGUCGAGUUCCGCAGCUCAGACGAGGAAAGUGCCAAGCCAGUAAAAUGCAUCUAUGGCAAGCCAGGAGGGCCACUCUUCACCACAGCAGCCUGGUCCACAGUUUUGCACCAUUCUCAGAACCCCGACUUUUAUGAUGAGGUUAAGAUGGAGCUUCCCACACAUCUGGAUGAAAAGCACCACCUCCUCUUCUCUUUUUAUCAUGUCACAUGUGAUAUUAAUGCAAAGACAAAUGCAAAAAGGAAAGAAUCUCUGGAGACAACAGUGGGAUAUGCAUGGCUGCCGCUCCUGAAAGAAGGCCGCCUCACAACUCAAGAGUUCAACAUCUCGGUCUCCUCAAACCUUCCGCCCGGCUACCUGGGCAUUAAGGAAGGCAACAGCAAGAGCAGCGCAGAUGUGAAGUGGGUGGAUGGAGGAAAAGCCAUUUUUAGAGUGUCCACCAAUGUGAUCUCCACUGUAUACACUCAGGACCCACACUUGAACAGAUUCUUUCAGCAGUGCCAGAAAAGAGAGCUGGACCUCUCUUCACCUCCUACCUCAAACUUCCUCAACUGCCUGAAGGGUCUCCUCAGUAUGGAAAGAAUCCCUGUCAUGAUCAGAUUUCUGCCUGUGCUCUUCAAUCAGCUCUUCAAGGUUUUGACUGAAAAUGACAAUGAGCAGGUUACUACCGCCACCACGAGAGUGCUGGUUCAUGUCGUUUCUAAAUGCCAUGAAGAAAACUUGGAUCAUUUCCUCCACUCUUAUAUAAAGUACGUGUUCAAGACAGAAGCACACGGCUUCAGAACUGUACAUGAAGAGUUGGCCAAAGGAAUGACGUUUGACUUGAAGAGCAAUGACCAGGCAGCUGUCAAAAACAUACUCAAGUUUUCUUGGUUCUUCUUUGAGCUUAUUAUAAAGUCCAUGGCACAACAUUUGGUAGAUGGCAACAAAGUAAAGCUUCCCAGACCACAGCGCUUUCCCUCCUCUUACUUGAGCCGUGUAGAGUCCCUUGUGGAAACGGUGUCCGAACACAUAUUCUGGAAAAACAAAGACUUGCCAGAGGAAACACGCAUCGCUAAUGGAGCUGUCGCUGCUUUUGUCAAACGCUGUUUUACAAUGAUGGAUAGAGGCUUUACUUUCAAACUCAUCAGCAACUACGUCAACAUGAUCACAGCAACUGACAGCAAGGCCCUGUGUGAGUUGAAGUUUGAGUUCUUGAGAGAUGUAUGUAACCACGAACACUACAUCCCCCUGAGCCUGCCAUUACCGUCUGCACGUAUCUCAGACCACGCAUCCCCAGAGCCACAAAGUAUUCAUGCUUCGAUCCCUGAGUACAAUCUGACCGGAGAGUUCUGCAGGAAGCACUUUCUGACUGGCCUGUUGCUUCGGGAACUGGGGCUGGCUCUCCAGGACGAGCAGGAUCUCAGACACCUGGCUUUAGCGACGCUCAAGAGUCUUAUGGCCAAGCACUCUCUGGAUGCACGCUAUGCAACCAAGGAGAAACAAUCAAGAAUAGCUUCCCUCUACCUUCCUUUAUAUGGUCUCAUCCUGGACAACAUGCCACGAUUUUUCCUCAGGGACAUUAUUCCAAUCUACUUCACCUCCAGUGAUCAAGGCUCUCGGGAUGACCUGAGUGUGAGUGUGGGGGUGGCUGGAACAGUCCUUCCUGUGACUCGCCAUGGCCACUCUGUGGAUGCUUCCUUCUCCAAAGAAGUGCUGAACUCCAUCACAGCUUUCUCCUCCUUGGCAGUUGCCACGGGUAACCAGGCCGAUUCAAGGGGCUCUCUGAUAAGCGUGGACUCAAACCCUAGCAACAGUGACAGGAACAGUGAGAAGAUGGAUGGAUGUGAAAAGUUUGCUAGACCCCAGUCCUUAAUUGGUUAUGGAUCACGUUGUGACAAACUAGAUCAGGCAGAGACCCGAAGCCUUUUAAUGUGCUUUUUACACAUCAUGAAGACCAUUUCUGAGGAUGUUUUGGUGUCAUACUGGCAUCGAGCUAUUCACCAGGAGAUCUCUGACUUUUUUAACAUCCUAGAGUUAUGUCUUCAGCAUUUCAGGUUCCUCGGAAAGCGCCAUAUAGCCAGGAAACUAGCAGCGGCAGUAAAGCUGGCCCAGUCAACCCAGGCUAAUGGCACCCUGAAGGCCUCUAACCAUUCCUCCCAGCACUCUCAACCCUCCAGUAUCCUUCCACAAUGGAUGUCAUCUGGAGAUGGUCACAGACAUGCUCGCUCACAAACCAUGCCCAUCAUCAGAGGGAAGAAUGCACUUACCAACCCUAAGCUGCUACAGAUGAUGGAGACAGAUGGGAAUAUUCCAGAGGGAGAUAGCAAUCCCACAGACGUAGAAGCGAACCUGUCCACAGAGGUGUCCCUGACUGUGCUGGACGUGCUGGAGCUGUUUGUUCACCAUCACAAGAAACAACUGUUGCUGGAUGAAGGACAGAAUGUAGUGAUGAAGAAGGUCCUGGACACCUACAUGCUCUACUUUCAGAUCAAUCAGUCCACCUCCACGCUGCGACAUGUCUUUGCUGCUCUCCGACUUUUUGUUCAAAAAUUCCCCAGUGCAUUUUUCCAGGGUAAGGCAGACUUGUGUGGCUGUCUCUGUUAUGAGAUCCUCAAGUGCUGUAAUCAUCGCUCCAGCUCCACUCAGAUGGAAGCAGCCGCUCUCUUGUAUUUUGUAAUGAGAAAGAACUUUGAGUUUACCAAGGGCAAGUCUAUUGUUCGCUCACACCUACAGGUCAUCAAAGCAGUGAGUCAGCUGAUAGCCGAUGCUGGCAUAGGAGGGUCGCGUUUUCAACAGUCUCUCGCCAUCAUUAAUAAUUUUGCUAAUGGGGACAUGCAUCUUAAGAACACACCAUUCCCAGCAGAGGUGAAAGACCUGACCAAAAGGAUUCGAACAGUUCUGAUGGCCACAGCUCAGAUGAAGGAGCACGAGAAAGACCCAGAAAUGCUGAUUGACCUGCAGUACAGCUUGGCCAACUCGUACGCGAGCACGCCCGAGCUCCGCCGCACAUGGUUGGAAAGUAUGGCAAAGGUCCAUGUUCGCAAUGGGGAUCUCUCUGAGGCUGCUAUGUGUUAUAUCCAUAUAUCAGCACUUAUUGCAGAAUCGCUGAAGAGAAGAGGCUACUGGAGAGCAGACAAAACCAGGAUUUCCACUGUGUCCACUGAAGAAAGGGCUGUCUUUAACUGUAGCUCCUUACUAACUACCUCUGGAGAAGCUGACCCUUCCUUUUCUAUGGGCUGGGCGGCUUUUAUGUGCAUCAGUCCAAAUGUGAAGGAGGAAGGGGCGAUGAAAGAAGACACAGGCACACAGGACACUCCAUACACCGAGGACACGCUGGUGGAACAGCUGGAGCUCUGCGUAGACUACCUCUGGAAGUCAGAGCGACAUGAAAUCAUCGCAGACAUCAACAAACCGGUCAUUGCUGUGUUUGAAAAGCGGAGGGAUUUUAAAAGGCUGUCGGAGCUUUAUUAUGACAUUCAUCGUUCCUAUCUGAAGGUGACGGAGGUGGUUAACUCAGAGAAAAGACUGUUCGGCAGAUAUUAUCGUGUUGCCUUCUAUGGCCAGGGUUUCUUUGAGGAAGAGGAGAGCAAGGAGUUCAUCUACAAGGAACCAAAGCUAACGGGACUGUCUGAGAUCUCACAGAGAUUACUCAAACUUUACUCUGACAAAUUUGGAGCCGACAACGUCAAGAUGAUCCAGGACUCAAAUAAGGUGAAUCCUAAAGACCUGGAUCCAAAAUUUGCCUACAUCCAAGUGACUUAUGUGGUACCACACUUUGAUGAAAAAGAGCAGCAGGAAAAAAGAACUGAUUUUGAAAGGCAUCACAACAUCAACCGUUUUGUGUUUGAGACCCCAUUCACUCUGUCGGGAAAGAAGCACGGUGAUGUGGAAGAGCAAUGCAAGAGGCGCACCAUAUUAACCACGAGUUCAUACUUCCCCUAUCUAAAGAAGCGCAUCGAGGUUGUUGAACAGCAGAGUACUGAAAUGAACCCAAUAGAAGUGGCUAUAGAUGAGAUGUCCCGGAAAGUCUCGGAACUCAACCAGCUGUGCAACAUGGAGGAAGUGGAUAUGAUCAGGCUCCAGCUGAAGCUGCAGGGCAGCGUCAGCGCUAAGGUCAAUGCUGGACCCAUGGCCUAUGCCAGAGCUUUUCUAGAAGAGAAGAAUGCCAAGAAAUACCCAGACAACCAAGUCAAACUACUGAAGGAGAUUUUCAGGCAGUUUGCUGAAGCUUGUGGUCAAGCCUUGGAUGUGAAUGAGCGGCUGAUCAAGGAGGACCAGCUGGAGUAUCAGGAGGAGAUGAGGACUCACUAUCGGGACAUGCUCACAGAGCUGUCGGGCAUCAUGAAUGAGCAGAUUCCUCACACAAGACAACCAGGAACAGAACGUCACAGCGCGUUUUGA